UUUGUGGGAAAAUAAAGGAAAAAUUUGGUGUCAUAAUAAAUAGAUGGGCUAAAUUUUUAGUUAAAAAAAUAAUAUAGCGGAGAUGUGAUGGAGAAAGAGAUCUUGACACAAUGUCUCUAUGACGUCAUAAAAUCAAAAACACAAUCAGAUGAGAUUGGUCCCGGUAGAAGAGCAGAAAAUAACUUUUGAGGUAUGUUUGUGUGUAUGUGAAUUGCUCAAUUUUUUGUUGUAGAAAUGAGUUGAAAAUGUUUUAUUUUUUUUAAAAAUUUGGGAAAUUCGGUCAUACGACAUUUGCGGACAGGCAUCCGAGAGGAUGCCGGUAGGCGUACACUCCGAAAAUUUUCAACUCAUUUUUUCUUUUUGUAUUAAAAAACUUAUCAUUAUUGCAUUCACUAUAGAGCUAUUUUCAUCUGCUACCUCUUAAUUUGACUAUGAGACCAUGAGAAUUAACUUCUUUGACUAUGAGAGAACAAAUAAAAAUAUUUAAAAGGGCUUGAAAUCCUUAAAAACUCUACAAGUUGAUUUAAUCUCACUAAAUUUCAGUUGGAAACAUUCCAUAUAAUACUACAGAGAAUGACAUUGGGAAUAUGUUUUCGUCAUGUGGUGUUGUCACCAACGUCCACAUAGUCAUUGAUCGCAACACCAAUCGUUCAAAAGGUUUUGGUUUUUGCGAGUUUCAAGACCAACAAGGAGCAGAAAAUGCUGUUCAAAAAAUGAACGGAGUUGAGAUGAAUGGACGACCAUUGCGCGUUAACUGGGCUAACAGCAAGUAG